GUGAAUGAAUGGGAUAUAUGAAACUACCUAGGCAUACUUCACCUCAACGUAUCCACCGUAACCGACAACAUUCUAGACAGCUUAGUUUUUGUCGUAAAAAGUUAUUUAUAAGCCUGGUAAAGAAUAUCUUACGUAGUUACGAUAAAGGAUAUACAACAACAACAUACAUUCACGACUAAAUACACGAUGUCAGGUCCCAACAUUCCCGGCCCAUCCAAGGUCACCGGUGUAUACCAAAGACCAUCCGACAAUUCAUUCAAAGGAAUAUCGGUUAUGGAUAGGGUUAUGAACGUACCUAAACCAAAUGAUGAACUCCUCCGCCAGCUGUCCGAGUUCUAUCAUCCGAUCCUCGUCAGUCCCGACUGGAAAGGCCGAUAUUUUGACCACCUGCUCAACCUACCAGCCGAAGACUACAGCGGCCCGACCGAUUUCAUGGGCUGGCUUUUCCCGUUGCCGGAGCGGAUCGGUGCCGAGUCUUCACCCGAGGUGGCCGCGCCUAUCUUGGACGAGUCGGCAUUUAUUUACAUGCGCCAGGAGGAAGCCAUAGGGCAAAACCUGAAGCUUGUUAUCAUCCGUAUGCUCGACAUAUAUGGGUUCAACAUUCGGUAUCGUAAACGCGGCGCUGUUGAGGACCCCAUCAUAACCGAACUCAGUGGCGGAACUGGCAAGUUUCAAUUCUGGGGAACCACGUAUUCCCAUCAUCAUCAGCGUAUAGCUCGCAUCAUCAGAAGCACCCGCAUCCUGGGCUAUGAGAGUAUAGGGUUGGCCAUCAUGCGUGCAUUCCUGAAAGCUGUUAAUGAUUGGGAUCUAUUCGGAAACUGGCCUUAUGAAACGGCGAUUGCGGUUCUGGACAGCUGGAAACGAGCUGGAGAGUCGCCAUUAGAAGUAGCGUGGGAUGGCAAAGUUUAUGCUCCAUGGUUGUCACGGCACUGGAAUUCUAACUUGUAAUAAAUUACCUACCUAACGUAAGGAAUUGUAAUCAUUGCUGAGUUUUCUGUAUGACUUCUUAAUAGUAGGAAGAAGGUAUCUAAUAGCGUGAGUGCAUCAAGCUGCGAAAGACAUAUGAAACACAUUUGAUUUUAUAGGUCUUUGAAAAUAAUAGAUAUCUUAGACUAUGCUGCUUAUAAUAAAUAUGAUAUUAUUGUUACCUCGUGUGUCUUUAUUUAUUGUGUACCUGGUGUAUAUGAGGUA